AUGGACCGAAUUGACCCAAGAGUAAGACAAGCUGAUUGCCAGCGUAAUGUGCUUGAGGGUUUUGGGGGCGUCGGCAAAAGUCAGUUAGCUCUCGAGGCUGCUUAUCGCCUCCGUGGAAAAGAUCCGGAGUUAUCUAUUUUCUGGGUGUCUGCGAUCAGUCGAACAAUGUUCGACAGUGACUAUCGAGACAUUGCAAGACAGCUUGGGCUCGGAGAACACAAUGAUCCAGCAAAUACAAAUUUACUUACCAAAGCUGCUCUGGAAAAGAAGAUUGUUGGAAAAUGGCUCUUGAUCCUUGAUAAUGCGGACGAUGUCCAGCUACUUUUCGGCAACGAUGAUACUGAGGGCCUUGUUGAAUAUCUCCCAUAUAACCCCAACGGUUCUAUCCUUGUUACUACGCGAACCCACGAAGUGGCCAGCAGGCUAGAUGUUUCACCGUCAAAUAUCAAUAUUAUUGAAAAUAUGAACAAGAAAGAGGCUCUUCAGCUUUUGCAGAAUGGGCUACAACAACGACAGCUGCAUGACGUAGAAAGCGUACAUGGCCUGCUCGACCUACUAGCAUAUGUUCCCCUAGCUGUCAAACAAGCAGCUGCUUAUAUGGCGAGAACGGAAAUGACGGCAACUAGAUAUCUACGCCAUUGUCGUGCAAGUAACAAUACCCUUGUCGACCUGCUCAGCAGCAACUUUGAGGACCGCUGUAGAUAUAAAACUCGGAACCCGAUUGCAACAACUUGGCUUAUCUCGUUUGAGCACAUCUCACGGUAUAACCCAUUAGCAGCUGAUUAUCUGAAGCAGCUGUGCUUCUUUGGGAACACGAACAUUCCCCGCACAUUGCUGCCUGAAGAAUAUGAACUAGAGUCCGACGAGGCUCUGGAUGUGCUGAAGGAGUACGCCUUCAUCACUGAGCGGGAAGAGUCAGGCUCCUUUGACAUGCACCGGCUUGCGCACCUUGCUAUGCGCAAUUGGAUAGAAGAAAAUGAAAACUGCUUUGAAUGGAUUACCAAAGGAAUAGAGCUUCUUGACGUCCAUUUUCCAGCCCUAGAAUAUAAUAACAUCGUCGCCUGUAUAAAGUAUCUGCCCCAUACGCAAUUAGCCUUGCAAUUCGGACAACAUGCCUGGAAUAGUGAGGCUGUGUACCGUCUUCUCAGGAAGAUCUCCUGGGACGAAACUGCCGAAUCAAGACUGUGGGAGGUAUUCGAACUUGCGAAAAAGGCGUUGGUUGCACCUGUACCUUUGGCCCAGGAGAAAUAUGAAGAAGCCGAGCUGUUGUUCCGAGAAGCUUUCGAGCUCAGAAGCAUGGCAGUGGGCGAAGAGAAUCUCCAAUCCAUUGACGCUCUGCACUAUCUUGCCGGCGCAUUAUACAGGCAGCGGAAAUAUGGCGAAGCUAAGAUACUAUACGUACGAGUGAUAGAGCUUAAAAGGAAGAUGUGGGGUGAAGCGCAUUCUAACACGCUUGAAACUAUAGGAUAG